AGUGCACAGUUUAGAAAAAAUGCUGAAAAAAACAAAAGCAAGGAGCUUGUUAUGGUAAGAGAGGGAAAAGCUAUCAGUUCACACUUUCCGUGCAGUUUAAUUAAGAAUGAACAGCUGACUAUAAAGUACAUUAAAGCUGUAGGGAAGCAGAAGCAGUCAGUCGAAAAUCACUACUAUGUUGAUCCCAGAAAGAAGGGACCAUCUGACGAGCUUGUGAUGUUUCAUGUGCUGACAAAAGGAGGUAAAGAUAUAAAGAAAAUCAUGAAAAACCCAGAACUAAAAUCAAACAUGGACGAAUUAAUCUUAAGCAUGAAAGGGGAUAAAGUGAAUCAAGCUCUAGCAAGAGACGAUCACUUUCUGAAUAUUGUGUUCAAAAUGGACUGUGUGCUCUCUGACAAAAGCGCUGAAGUGACCACUGAAAUGUCCAAUCUCGUCGACGAUCUUAACAGUGCAAAAUUCAAGAUCAUACUGCUCAGUAGAUCUAGUCCACCACACAGUAAGUCUGGCAGUCCUGAUGAUGCUUACACAAUGAAAAAAGAACCUCAUACACUGGACGGAAACCCUGAUCCUCUGCAGGAGUCUGCCACAGCUGAGUCUGUGAGGGACACCACACCAAAAGAGGAACCAGAUCUAAAUUGUAAUGUGGCACCAGAAAAUUUUUUGGUGAAAUACCAAAUUCAAAAAAGACACAAGUUCACUUGUCUUCGCAGUUUGAAGUUUUGGUGAUGGAUGAAAAUUCAGCCAGUACCUAAGGGUUAUCCUGUACACAAUCUUUUCCGUGUGGAGUAUGGAAAGAGUGCUAAGACGUGCAGGGAAGUGAGAACGAUGAAGAAACUGAUGGAGCUCAGUGAUUCUGUUUGCCAUGUGAGAAUAAACGGGAGAUUGCUGGAAAGUGGUUUUCUCCUCUUUGAGAAGUUUGUCCUCACAAAUGGCCAUGUAGUUAGGAACAUUUAUAAUGAGAGCACACGACAAGUUUAUGAGGGGGCCACAGUCCAUUUCUCUUUCGAAAGUCUGGACCAGGUGGAGUCAGGAAUAGAAGUGCAAGAGGUUGCUGGCUUUGAAUACGGUUCUGAUGAGUCAGGACACGAGUGUGAUUGGGCUUUGUUAAGGCUUGGUGGUGAUCAGAGAUUGCCUGAUGGUCUCUUAGCACACUUUGGAUUCCUUCCCCAAAGUGGUGGGAUUUGCAUCAUUGGGCAUCCUGAAGGUGGUGUGAAAAUGAUAGAUCCAUGCUGGAUUGUUCCAUUGAAUGACUGCAAGCGGUCUGUGGAGAGGCAUCGUUGUGAAAAUGAAAUGCACGCUCAGAUAGUUAUCCAAAUUCUCUUUGAGGGUGUGCCAGAAUCUGUUAGACAGGAUAGACAGGUUGUGACGUACGAUACUUGUUUUUAUUUUGGCUUAUCUGGCUCUCCUGUUUUGGAUGAACACUGCAGUGUCAUUGCAAUGCACACAGGGGGAUUUCACUGCUCCACCGUCCUUUGA